UUGUCAGCAGAUGCUAUCCUCCAAACCCUCAAGAUGCUGGAAAUCAAAAUCACGAGUAACAAGUUGUCACCUCCACUGUGCCAGAAAGUGACAGAUGUCAUCAUCAAGUAUCUGAGGACCUUGAAGCCAUCCAAAGAAUUGGAGGAGAAAUGUACUGCAGUCCUACUGGCUAUAGGGUCCUACCAUCCGGAAAUGAUCACUGAAAAACUCUGGGACAGAGUUUAUCUGUACACCUUGCCUCCCAGAAGCCUCCUGGUUGCCGUUGGGAAACUCACCGUCUGCCCGGGUAUAGCCCACUGCAUUGGCACCACAUGGGAACAUAUCCUGCGCCUUCUGGGGAUGACCCAGGAAGAGGAAGACAUGUUGGCAUUAUGUCAAGCACUCAGUGGAUUGGUCGUCAAUGUCCGAAAGCAUCUGGAUCUGGGCGCCCACGCUGAUGAAGUGAUGGACAUCACACAGGAGGCAGUGUCCAUCAAGGCCUACUAUACUCUCCGGGUGCUCUUGAACCGUUGGCCCAUGAAGACCAAGGAGGCAGAGCAAGCUCUGGUCAUUGCCGGCCACCUCUUCUUCCUCAUUGCACCAUCCAAACUCAAGAACCAAGUGAACCAGUUAGUCCGCUGGCUGAUGAUGUUAUUCACCCAUGUGACACCUUUCUACAUCUCCCAGUGUGUCUGCCAGCUCGUGGACUCUCUGGCUCUCAGCGGCUGUGGAGGGGUGAACUUGGAGUCCCAGCUGGAGAACUUGACGGCCAUGCUGUUGAGGCUGCUGACCGUAAAGGUCAACACCGCAGACCCCCACUCUGUGCAGAACAGCCACCUCGUCCUGAGGACUUUCAGUGUCCUAACCAAGCUGUACAGUGACCAGGUGGUGUUCUUGUUACGCAAGACCAUGGAAACCAGGGACCCGGACAUGGUGGCAUCCGCCCUCCAAGUCUUCAUGGAUUUGUUCCAGGAGGUGACCCAGUCUGAGAAGAGGAAGAGUGAAAUCCUGCACUCCACCAUUAUCAUGGUCCAGACGGAUCUCAAACCCGUGAGCAGGGAGACUGGACGCCUGGGCUGGGAAGGGGCUUGCUUACUUGACACCUCAAGAUCGUGUAAAAUACAGAGGGGAAGGCAGUUGGGGGAUAAGAAGUGA